UCCACCUCGAACCCACCGUCGCAGCGGGCGUCGAUGGGAAACUCUCGAUCGGGAAGCGCGCUCGUAAACAAAACAAAACACUCGCGGCCCGCAGGAUAUAUCCCUGCUAGUGCGUGAGGGGUUUUUUCGAGUAGAGUAGUGCGACCACGUGUGAUGGGGUAGAUAUGGAGAUGGAAGUGUCAAGUUACGGUUGACAAGUUUUUUAGUGGAUAGGGUGAUUGGGAAUUACUUUUUCCUAUUAUACUGCCUUUCAACGAAAACUUAAAAACUCUCGUGUCUUGGUGUUGAACAUUCCCGAAGAUUUUCAGCCGCUAUGCACAAAACUUCCGAAAACUCCUCUCUAAGCUCGAACUCUCCUGAAACUUGAUUCGGUUUAAUUUCUCGCAAUGGUAACUCUUACCCAGUGAAGUGCCAAGUGCUAGACAAUGCUCAAUAAAUGGACGAAAGCUAAUUUGGGGAUUAUGGAGGGAUAACAGCGGGAUUUACUUUCUCUCAAAGAUAAAAACGAAAAUGGAAAACCACGGGGUGUUGAAUAGAGAAAUUGUUAAGCGUUAGUGGGUGCCAUAAUGUGACAUAAAGUAGUUUGUUAUUGUUUGUUAGACUGAGAGUACGUUAUCAGCAUGUUUCCUGGGUGUAUUAAAACGCCUAGGUCUGCCCAAGGAUCUACAGAUGAUAUCACUAAGCAGACUAAAAGCAUUGUACAGAUCUACACGGACUGGGCCAACCACUACCUGGAAAAAGGCAAGAGCAAGAAAAGAGUUAGCGCUUUAGCAACGGAUUGCAGUGAUGGAGUUCUUUUGGCGGAGGUCAUCGAGUCAGUCACGUGCCAAAAAAUACCGGAUGUUCAAAGAAAACCGAAGACUCCCAAUCAAAUGUUGGAGAACAUCAACGCCUGUCUGUCGUUCCUGCGUAGCCAGCAUGUCGCCGGCAUCGAGAACGUUUCGGCGCAAGAAUUGCGCGACGGCAAGUUGAAGGCCAUCCUGGCCCUCUUCUUCGCGCUCUCGAGACAUAAACAAGCCGCGAAGAGUUGCAGCAGACACGGCGGAGUCGCGCAGCAGCCGCAGCAGGAUAUGACUCCUAAUAGAUCUUCGGGAAUCGUCCAUAAGGGGGGAAGUAGCAUCCCUUUGCCGGGCUCCUCUCUGCCAGCUCGGAGAUGUCCCCCGGACAAAGUCCGCCCGGUGGCGAGCAGCAGUCGGAGCACCAGCCCUGCUUUAUCCAUGAUACCCAGGGCACCUCCAUCUCAAAUAGCCAGUCCCUACCAAAGCAACAACCAAUCGCAGAAAAACUCGAUGUUGGACAAGCUGAAGCUGUUCAAAAACAACGAGAAACCUGUACCGGUCAGCAACGGCAAGCGAACUAGUAGCUCUAGCGGGGUUUCCUCAGCUAGAAGUGAAAGAAGUGAUUCGAGUAUAAGUCUAGAGCCUAAUGUUGACUUGAAACCAAUUCGAAAUACGUCCAGGCUAAAGCAGACGCGGCCUGGCAAGCCAGCUCAAGUCAAGAACAGUCCGAAUUCUACAAAAAAAGAAGUAGCUACCAACAAAUCUAACAAAACGGCUACAGAUGUGGAAAAGCAUGCUUAUAAAAUAGCAAACCUUCCUGGUACUAAGUUGGCAGAACCAAAAAUCAGAGUUACCGCUAGUAAAGAACCUCCACCAAAAGCAAACCAUGUACCUAUACAUAACGGAACUGCUCAAGCAGUUCCUGGCACAGGCAUACCCAAACCAACUGCAGCUGUGAAAGGUACUACCAAGAUAAGCAGAGACACCAGCGUUACUUCAUUUAAAAUUCCCAAUAGCACAUCCAUAUCCAGAGAGAGCUCUCAAGUAUCGUUGAAGCAACAAAAAGCUGCUGUAGCUUUAAUAUCUCCAAUUAAAAAUGAAAAGGAUACAACGCAAUUGUCGGAAAGCAGUCACAGUGCUAGUACCGGUCAUCAUAGUAACUCUAGUGAAAGUUCUGUCAUAUACAAACCUUCCAGCGAAAGUGGAUCAGAGUGUCACAAUAUUAUUCCGAAUAGAAAAGAACCUGUUAACUACAUCACAGCUGUAACUGACCAAUCACCUCCUCCUCCUGCACCUCAAACACCUAAAGAACCUCCCUGUGAUGAAAACAAGGAUCAACAUAGCGAUAAAGAAAUUAACAACAUAUCUUACAAUAACUUAGUGAACAGAGAGAAGCUAGAUAUAUCGAAAGAAACUGAAAAAGAUAUCCUGAAUCAUAUCAAAGACGUAUACCUAGAAGAAAAAGACGAGAAUUUAUCAAUAGAACCAAUGAGGCCUUUACUUCGAGGGUACUGCAGUACUUUAACUCUACCGCCGAGGCAGCGACAAUACCAGAGGGUGCAACCUGAUGGUGGUUCCGACUAUUGUGAGAUUUCUUUGGCGAAUGGUUACCUUUCGGAUGGAGAGGUGUUGAGGAAUACUGUUGUUAUGGAUAUUGGUGAUGGGUAUUUAUCUGAAGGAGGAUCCAUUUUGUAUACCAGACGGUUGCAGACCAUGCCAGCACAUCUACCAAAUGGCACUCCCCGUCUUACCCCCGGCCUCACCGUGUUGACAGAACAGUCCAGUAGAAGGGGAGGCUCCAGCGAGUCUCCCCCACCUCCACCGGCUCCCAGAGUUACCUCAAAGUCAUCCCGAAAUGGUAUUCCCCUUCAGGAUUCGAAGCACGCCUACCAAGAAGGUAAACACGGACACUUAGAGUCGAAGCACGAUUCCAAACACUCGCAUCACCAGCAGUGGAAGCGGUAUACAGAUUCUCCAGGUGUUGGUUCACCUCCUCCUCCAGCGCCCGCUCCAGGCAGUCCCACUCAAGGAAGACGGGAGAGAAGAGCAAGUCCACAUGGGAGCAGCAGCGGCAAAGACAAAAGCGGGAAGGGAGCUAGGGGAGUGCCGCAGAGUUUCGGGUAUUUCAAGAGGAACGGUUCUGGGAUGAAUGGGCAGGUGAAUGGCAACAGCAACGGGCAAACUGUUCAAGUAAUCCAAAAUCAGUCUACGGGGAAAACGGCAGCUGUCUCCGCAGUUCCCAGGACCAAAGUUAAAGUUUCUGGGGGCACUCAAACUUGUUCGAGCGAUCUUCAACAAUCUCACAAAGCAAGUCCACCCCAAUUUAAAAGUUACUCAUUGACGGGUAACACUGCCAACCAGCUCAGUCAGUCGGUGCGCGAACGCCUGAUGAUGGGUUCACAAAGUCUUCCAAAAGGUGCCGUCACACAUCAAGAAUACGGAUUAGUGAUGAGAGCGAGGCCCAAAGUCAGCGAUGGGUCUCUUUCGGAUACGCAGGCCAUCGAGAACACCAGUCCUUAUGCUCCUUGGCUACGACACAGCAACACUUACUCAGUUGCUCCUAGAUUAUCCGAAACUGACAGUAUGGAAUCUCUGACGAGUUUACCAGGUCACAGAAGUAGCUUGACGCACGCCAGAUUGUUAAGGGAUUCCCCGUCAAGGUUAAGUCGAAGCAAUAGUAUAAGCUACCUCAGAGAAAGGACUUUUCCAAGAUCGACAAAAUCCGAAAAAUUGUACCCUUCGAUGUUGCACAGAAAUACGGAGCCUGAGACCGAGCCUUACUACUGCUUACCGAUCGGGAGCCUUAGCCAUUGGUCGCAGCCUACGAGCCCGGCUCCUGGUAGUGCUAGAACCUUUCCGUUGUCUCCCACUCACUCUAGUACUCCCAGACACAGCAUGCCAAAGAACGACGACGUGCAUGGAUCUUCCAUAAGUUUGGUCUCGACAGCUUCUAGCUUAUAUUCUUCAGCGGAAGAAAAGCAAGCGCACGAGAUAAGAAAAUUGAGGAGAGAGUUGACAGAGGCUCAAGAAAAAGUGCAUACGUUAACGUCACAACUCAGCACCAAUGCUCAUGUGGUAUCGGCGUUUGAGCAGAGCCUCACUUCUAUGACUCAAAGGCUUCAGCACUUAACGGCCACCUCCGAGAAAAAGGAAUCAGAACUCCAAGAACUCCGCCAAGCCAUGGAGGCCUUACGCGCUCAAUCCAUCCAAGCAGGCAUCGGAUCCACGUUGGCGCGACAACCUUCCUCCGAUAGCGUCUCGAGCCUCUCCUCCGCCUGUAGCCUAGACAAGCACGACAAGAAAAAGAAGAAAGGCUGGUUGCGGAGUUCGUUCACGAAAGCCUUCUCGCGUAACGCCAAAGUCACCAAAGUGCAAUGCCAAAAUGACGCCACGGAGGAAAGGAGUCACAGUCCGCCCCCUCCACCGCCUACGGAUCCUGGCUUGGAGGUGGUUGAGCUUCAGAAGCAGCUUCGAGAGAAGGACUUGGUGUUGACUGAUAUUCGGCUUGAAGCGUUGAGUUCUGCUCAUCAGUUGGAGAGUUUGAAGGAUACAGUUAUGAAAAUGAGAAGUGAAAUGUUAAGCUUGAAGCAAAAUAACGAACGUCUGCAAAGAAUGGUAACCGGCACGACGAAUAUGCCGACCGAUUUGACGGAUACUAGGAGUAGCAGUAGCAUAGACGCCUUAAGUGACCUCAUACCUACCGAAGAACCGACGCAAGAAGUGGAAACCGACGGCAAACGAAUCACGAUAUCGGUCUAUUUAGGACAACCACAGAGUUUUGAAAAAUACUAUACAGAUCACUACGGUUACGAUGGUUUAAGUGAUAACGCCAACAUAGAAAUAUCGAUAGCACACACCAACAUAGGCGCUUCCACGUCAUGGGCACAACUAGAUAACGCAGUUAGAAGAGCGUUCAAACAAUACGUCGCCAGAUUAGACCCUGGAGGCGGGUUGGGAUUGGGCAGCGACGCCAUAGCCAGUUACAAACUAGGCGAAGCUGAACGCAAACCCGACUCAGGUCCACCCGAUCUGCUUCCUGUCGGUUACGCGAUAGGAAGAGUGGCAACGUUGCACGUCGUCCUACAACCAGUAGCAGCCUUAGCCUUCGAAGCCUUAAUUCCGAAAGGAGUAGCCCAAAGAUUAGUUUCGCUCUUAGCUGAACAUAGGAGGCUAGUUUUGUGUGGAGCGCCGGGGACUGGGAAGACACAUUUAGCUACUAGACUAGCUGAAUUCCAUGCCCAGAGCCUGGGUAGAGAUCCCGCAGAAGCUGUGGCAACGUUUAAUGUAGACAAUAAAUCCGGCAAGGAACUUCGCCAAUACCUUACCCAUCUCAGCGAACAAGCUGCAGCAGGUGACAACAGCGUCCUUCCAUGUGUAGUAGUACUAGAUAACCUCCACAAAGCGGGUACACUCGCAGACGCACUAGGUUCCUUACCACGCAAUCUACCGUGCCUCCUGGGAACCAUGGCUCAGAGCGCUUGCUCAGCGACCAGUUUGCAGCUUCAACACGGCUUCAGAUGGGUUUUAGUCGCCCCUCACAUGGAACCGGCCAGAGGAUUACUAGGAAGAGUUUUAAGAAGACGGUUGGCUACUUUGGAGCUGGAACAAGGACCGCAACCGGAGCUGGCUGCUAUAUUAGGUUGGUUACCGAGGAUAUGGCAACAUCUAAAUGCGUUUUUGGAAACUCAUAGCAGUGGAGAUGUGGCAAUUGGUCCUAGAUUGUUUUUAAGUUGCCCACUAGAGCUGGACGCAGCACGGGCUUGGUUCGCCGACGUAUGGAACUACUCCCUAGCUCCCUACCUUCGAGAAGCCGCCCGAGAAGGUCUCCAACUCUACGGCCGCCGCGCACCCUGGACCGACCCCACGCAAUUCGUCCUCGAAACGUACCCAUGGCCAGGUUCGCCACCGCAAGGGCUCACCACCAUUUCCGCCAAAGACGUAGGGCUCGAAGUCGGACCUUCGGCUCAAUCGGAGAACGAGGGGGAUCCCCUUCUCAACAUGCUGAUGAGGCUGCAGGAAGCGGCGAAUUAUUCUAGUCCCCACUCGAACGAUUCGGACUGCAACAGUCUGGACUCGAAUUUGACGCACGGGAGUAAUUUAGGGACUGAGAGUGUGUCGUAAUGCUAAAACUAUUCAAAUUUAAAGAAACGUUGAUAUUUAUAACAGAAUAAUCGAGAACCGUGGCAUUUAAGUAUUCACGUUUUAAAUUAAUAUAAAUAGAAUAAUUAAAAUAUUUUGCAGAAUGAUUUAAAAGAAUCAUAGAAGUCGAAUCCACAUUUUUAAAGGGCUGUUUGCUUUCUUCUUCAUUUCCAUGCCCUUUCAGAACGUUGGUUACCAUCAUAGCUAUCUUAAUUUUCUUCACUGCCACCUUCAAUAGCAUGUUUAUAUCAAUACCAUACCAAUCUAGCAAGUUCUUCAACCAUGAAGUCAUCCUUUGUCUUGGACUGCGUUUACGUGCUAUUUUCCCUUGCAUAAUAUUUUGUAGUAUGAUUUUCCUUGAUUGUUCGAUUGUCAUAUUGACAUAUUUCAUACCUACUGUCAUUGAAGAAAAUGGGAUUUCGAAAAUGCUAUAUUAUAAAUUGUAAAAAUAUAACAAAAAAUUGUCAAUUUAAGUUCUAUUCGUUUCCAACUUCUAAGCACAAACUAAUACAAAGAGAAAAGUGAAUUUUCAUACAAUGUUUACCUUUUAAUAACAUAACCUCAAUCUUACUUUUUCUUCUUAUUCUUUUUUGGGCUAUGGCCUUGACAAUUAUCCAGUAACCAGGACUAAUAUAAUUGGCCAAUAUAAUUAAAAGUACUACAAAUUUUGCUUAGCUAUGACACCAGGUGUCCCUCUUCCGAACUUGCACGGUACCAAUACCGUAUGCAUAAUCGGGUGUCCGCAAGAUCUAUCGACUAGUGUAGUUUACUAAUAAUAUGUUUACAUUGAUCUGACCUAACAAUAUAUAUUUCAAAAAUAACUUACUUGAAAAGAGUUUUCAAGCUUCUGCGACCACAAAUGAGACCAUUAAAAGGCAUUUUACUGAUAUAUUAUGUUUGUUUACUAGCAGUUAUUGAACGAAACAAGUAAUAAAAUCAAAACAAGCAAUAAAAAUACUAAUUACAACACCUGCUAAUGCCUUCUGAUAGCUAAUAUGGGAAGAAAGUGGACUUUCUCAAUAGGCGCAAUAAAUACACAAAUUUAAAUUGGUUUGUUGCUAAAUAAUUCAAAACCAAACAAUGGAAACAUAUAGGUAACAACAAAAAUACAAGGUACUUAAAAUCAGGACAUCAUCGACGAAGUCAACACUAUUUAGCGUUUGCACAUUUGAGUGGUCUCGAUGCAUCUCAUAGGGAAAAUUUUUUGGAUUUCAAGUGGUAAGCGUCCCAUCCUCUUCAUCGCGACACAUCUGAAUUUCGAUAGCAAGGAACAACAGCGACGUCGACACGGAAAAAAAGGGACAUAAUUUCGAACUAUUUAAACAACCAAAUCAAUUAUAUGGAACUUCCAACAUAUUAAGUAAAUAACUCCCAAAAAUUUAAAAUAAAAUUUGAUUUUUACAUAAACAAUGACAAAACACAACAUAAACACCACCAACGACGAUACACACAAAACGAUCUUCGAUCGUGUCAAGUUCGCAAUGGAUUUCUCCUACUUCGUAUCAAAACAAUAAACAAAAUUACCUCGGCGAGGUAAUCAUGUUGAUCCCACAUUUUACAGCAGUUGUCGAGUCUACUUGUUAAUAUAUCUAUGGUAUCAACAUAUAUUUGGAACUUCUUUUACAUGUCCGACGUACUUCAGAUUUCUCUUCUUUAUGUUUUUUAUAAUCUCAGUAUUCUUGUUGAGACGUUCUAGUAUUGUGGAGUUUAGAAUCUUCUCCACCCAAGAAACUUUUAAAAUUCUUCUCUGGCACCAGAUUUCGAAAUCCUCAAGGUGAUUUAGAUCACUUUUAUUCACCGUUCAAAACUCGACACCAUAAAGUAAGACCGAGAACACGUAGCAGUGAAUUAGGCGGAUCCGCAAUGCCAAUUUUAAGUCUCUAAAUACAUUGCUAAUGGAGAAACGACUUUAAGAAGAAAAUAAAGCGAACAAAAAUUGUCAAAGUACUGUUAUAUACAUACACAUAUCUUUGCUUCCCUGUAAGUCUUCUGAGAAAUUUUUAAAUCAUUCUCAAACUAAUAGUCCAGGUCGCAUCUCUUUUGAGAUGGUCGUUGAGAGGUGACUCAAAUUUUUUUGCAGAAAUUGCUUGAAAAUAACUCAAAUAAUAAUAUUUGAGUUAUCUUCCCACUCAAAAUGGACCGGAACAUUGUUUAAAUAAUCAAAAUGUCAAAAUAUAAAGGAAGAAUUCGAUUUUUUUAUUGAUUUUUUAAUUAUAACUAUAAAACUAUUCGUUUCUGAGAAAAUUUGUACUGACAUACAAGUUGCGUAAUUACCCAUGUUGCAAAAUACCAAUAAUUGCGAAAAAAAAACCAUACAAAAACAAGUAUUCGCAUUUUACGUUUUUCUACCAUUUACGCUACACUUGGACCCUCAUAUUUUACCCAGAAAAACUUUUUGAUAUAGUAAAACAACACUGUAAAUUUCAUUAAGAUCGAUUUAAUAGAUUUUGCAAAAUAAAUUUUGCAAUCCAGCUUUCGCAAAAAAAAUCAUUUUUUUUUAAAUGUUACAGGACUGAAAAUAAAGCAGAUAGCAAGUUGAAUUUUUUUUGCUUAUAGUAGUGUACUGUACCGUUCAUUUGAAAUUUGCAAAAUUAAAAUCGAUUAUAUACCACGGCGUCAGGAAAUUUUUUAAAUAAACAUUAGUUUUUGGUGCUACGCGCAGGACAGCGGUGUUCGAUUCACACAAGUUGAUUUCCACCAAAAUUUCUUUCAAUCUUUAUCUAAUAUAUUAUUUUCUUGCUCUAUAUUUUGUUGUAUUUUAAUAUUUUAAUUCCACAAAAAUCAAACUAAUUUUAUUAUUGUUUAUGAAAUAUUGUUUAAACAAUUGCAUAUGUUUAAAAAUAAUACACUUUUAUUCUCUAAGUUAAAAUAUAUGAACAAAGAAAGUUUUUUGCUAAAAAAAGUGUUAUUUCAAAAGAUAGAGUAUGUGUUUUUAUUUUGCAAUAAACAAAUUUAUUUAUUUAUAUCGAAAUGUAAUAAAAAUUAAAAUGUAUCAAUCAUUAUCAAAGGUCAUUGGAAUGCCCAAUCAGAGCAAACUAUCUGCUGUCCUGCGCGUAGCACCAAUAAUUAAUGUUUAUUUAAAAAAAAUCCUGACGCCGUGGUACUCAGUCCAUUUUAAUUUUGCAAAUUGCAAAUGAAAGGUACAGUACACUUCUAUACGCAAAAAAAUUUCAACUUGCUAUCUGCUUUAUUUUCAGUCCUGUAACAUUUUGAAAAAAUUAAUUUUUUUUUUUGAGAAAGCUGGAUUGCAAAAUUUAUUUUGCAAAAUCUAUUGAACCCAUGGACAUAUUUAUAGGUCCAUGAUUGAACCGAUCUUAAUGAAAUUUACAGUACUGUUUUACUGUAUCAUAAAGUUUUUCUGGGUGAAAUAUGAAGGUCCUAGGUGUAGCAUAAAUGGUUGAAAAACGUAAAAUGCGAAUACUUGUUUUUGUAUGGUGUUUUCGCAGUUAUUGCUAUUUUGCAAUAAGGAUGACUAUUUUUAAAUUUUUAACCAAUUCUAUAUUGUAGGAAAUUUAAUUACGCAACUUUUAUGGCAAUACAACUUUUCUCGGAAAUGAAUACUUUUAAAGUUAUAAUCAAAAAACGAAAAAAAAUCUAAUUUUUCCUUCAUUUUUGACAUUUUGAUUAUUUAAACAAUGUUCCGAACCUUUUUGAGAGGGAGGAUAACUCGAAUAUUAUUAUUUGAGUUAUUUUCAAGCAAUUUCUGCAAAAAAAUUUGAGUCACCUCUCAACGUCCAAAUGUACUAAUAUUUUUACAGAUGCGCCCUGGUCUAUAAGUCUACAUUAAACAUUUAUUAAUAAACAUCACUUAAAUGCCACCGUUUUCAAAAAUAUAAUGUCGAAGCAAACUGAUCGGUUUUUAUAUGAAAGAAAUGUCAAAAAUCUAAGACUGUUCCACUCGUUAAAAGAUGAUACACCAAUUAUUCCAUAUUUAAAGGCCUUACAAUACAAAAUAUUCUCGUCAGCAAUAACGUAAGAAUGUUUCAAAAAAUCUAUUUUUUAUAAAAAAUCGUCUAAGCAGGCGAAGAUUUUUGGCAUUUCACUAUUUGUUUGAUACUUUUACACGGUGAUUCGUAAAAAAGAGUUGGUAUUAUUUUAUUACGAUAUUAUAUUAGCCCCUAAUAUAACGUUUUUGACUAAUAAUUGAAGGGUUUUUAUUUAUUUCUACGUAAAAUCGUUGUUUUUGGCACAUUGAAACCUUUACUUAAUUUCAUUUCGUUAUAAAAUCCACAAAUUCAGUAUUUUUUAGAUCACCCUGUAGAUUUUUCGGUAAUAUAGGUAAUUUUCUAACCAAUUAUAGUCACAUCUUAGGUACAUUCAUGAUCAUUUAGUUCAAUCUUCUAACUUGAAAACUAAAAUAAGUAGAUUAAUUAUACACUGCUCAAUUCGAUUAAAGAUUAGAUUCAUCUCAAUUUUUAUUUGUAUAUAUUUAAAAAUACAAUUAAAAUGAAAACUAGAAUGAAACAUCUUUAAUGUGAGCAGUGUACAUUGAUAAAAACCGAACAAUUUCUUUAUUAACGAAUACAUUUUAAAAAAAUUAUGCAAAAGCAAAAUCUUAGCCCUAAAGCACAGUAUACAAAGAUAACAUAACCUAACAUAACCUCUGUAUACUGUGCCUAAAGUGUAACUUGACUAUAAAAAAAGUGCUUCAAAUUGUUCACUGUAACAAAAUGUUAUGAAAUACCCAAUUAUUUUGUGAAAUAUACACCAAUUUUUAUACCAUGCUUAAUACAUCAAGUUUUCAGUGGAUAAAAUUCAUGUUCAGGUUCACAAAGCUCUGUAAACUCGACAUUUAAAGAAGUAAACUUUGAAUUUGACUAAAAAUUUGAAUUUUUGUGUAGGACAAUUACUAAAACCUCAAUUUCCUAGAAAACUAUGCGGCACUUGGUCCCGACGGUCAAAGUCCAAUUCUGACGGUACUGACGCCAAUGUCGGUAAGAGUUGGAUCUGCAUUACCGGCCGAGCUUAGCCAAAACAUGAACCUUAGCCAAGAACGUAACCAUUUGUCAACUGAAUAUAUGGCAGCUGAUGUAUAACACUAAAAACCCACCCAGUGCUUAUUUCGCUCCAUAAACUUACUUGUUUUAACGAUAUAACCAUAUACAAACUUAAAUUGUUCGAAACUGUUAAUAAUUGUCAAAAUUAACUGUUUUUUUUUUUGUUAACUAUGAAAUUAACACAGCCUUGUGAAGCUGAUCAUGAAUAAUUUUGUAUAAUUCGCACUGAUGAAAAUUCUGAAAAAUAGAUUGUUUAUAUUGUUCUUUUUGAAUAAUUUUUCCCGUUGCCAAACCUUUAUUUCGAGUACAUUUUGAACCUAACUUGAUCAGUAGCAAGAAGGUAUGAUAGCUCGUCGAUUCAGAAAUUUUUAAUGCUUUUAUUUCACUAUUUUAGGUCUCCUUUUCAGUAUUUUGCCUAUACGCUGUGAGCUCGUACGUAGAGGGGAUAGUUAUAAAUUCGCGAGCGCCGGUAGUGGCAAGUCUGUAAACGUUUACCGGAAAUUUGACAUAAAUGUCAAAGUGAUUAAUUUAAAAUUAAAAUUAAAAACAUUAAUUAUAACAUAAAUAUUAGUUGGUCAAAGCUGUGGUAUAUAUUUUUACCUUAAAUAUACUUACGUUUUAAAUACUGAAUUUACGUUUUUUUAAUGUUCCGUAAUAUGUAAUUAUAAAUUAAUCUAUUAAUCUUACUUCGGAUACUUUCACAAUUAUCGUGUAGAUGGCGCUAAGAUUAUUAUAUUAAUUUAUAAUUACAUAUUACGGAACAUUAAAAAAACUUAAAUUCAGUAUUUAACACGUAAGUAUAUUUAAGGUAAAAAUAUAUACCACAGCUUUGACCAACUAAUAUUUUUUAUAAUUAAUGUUUUUACUUUUAAUUUUAAAUUAAUCACUUUGACAUUUAUGUCAAAUUUCCGGUAAACGUUUACAGACUUGCCACUACUGGCGCUCGCGAAUAUGUAAAUAUCCCCUCUAGGUACGAGCUCACAGCGUAUAGAGCUCUAUAUAGGGCUUUUCAUCGAUUGUCAUUUGUUUCGAGCUUCUGUCAUGUGUCACAUAAUAUUAAUAUAUCUACGCCAUACGUCUUUGGUUUGUAUCAUUGAUAUAUACCAAUAACGUAUGACGUAGAUAUAUUAAUAUUAUGUGACACAUGACAGAAGCUCGAAACAAAUGACUGUGAAUGAAAAGCCCUAUAGAUAAUGUUGAUAAUAAUCGUUGUUUUUGCUGAUCUACCAUUACUUAUAUAGGGUAUUCCAACAUGCCGUCAAAAUUAAAUCAAUAUGGGAGUCAGGUGGCAAGCAUAAAUGUGUUUCUUAAUGUGUUUUAGAUCAUUUUAGUUGCGUUUCUUUGUAUUUUUUUUUGUACAAGGAUUAAUUUAACAUUUUCACUAUAAGAAUUAAUUUAAAAAGAAAAUAUGCCUGAUUUCUGUUGUGUUUUGAAGUGUGGAAUGGGAAGUAUUCAUGAUAAAGUUCAGUUUUAUCGGUUACCAUCAGUGCUAGAUUUUAAGCAUAAAAUAACUAAAUAAGUUAUAAUCUUAUAGACAAAAGCAUAAAACUACUAAAUAAGUUAUUAUCUGAGAGACAAAAACAAUGGUUAAAUGCUGUAAAACGUCCUAUAAAAAUGCUAAAUCCUA